UGUAAUUACUUGGUACUAUCUUAAUCAGUAUCGAAAUAUUAAUGGUCAAGUAGUCCAAAAUGAAAUACCUAAUGGUCAUCAAGUAGUCCAAAAUGAAAUACCUAAUGGUCAUCAAGUAGUUCAAAAUGAAAAACCUAAUGGUCAUCAAGUAGUUCAAAAUGAAGAACUUACUGGUCAAGUUGUUCAAGUUGUCCAAAAUAAAGGACCUAAUGAUCAAGUUUUCCAAAAUGAAGAUAAUGACGAAAUAAACCGAAUCUCGGUAAUCAGCAGAAGUCCUUUUGGUAAUGUUCGAACAGCAACGUGGGAAAACUCUACAGUUGUUUUUAAAAGCAUAACCAUUAAUACUAGUCAAAUUGAUAGCGGAAUUAUUGAUGACAUAAAAAAUGCAGUUAAUGACAGUAAUAUCGUUCCCAUUGAAACUACUAUUAGUGAAUUAAAAAAUAUGCGACGUUCUUUAGCAGACAAUCAAAUUGAUUCCAAUGAAAAAUGGAUUGAAAAUAAAUUAAUUGAAGGGAGAAUUAAUGAGUAUAAAAUGGUUGAAUUUGAAGAUUAUAAACUGAUCAAUAAUGGUGCAUCUAGUAAAGUUUAUAGAGCAAGAUUUAAAAGUACAAAAAAUAUAUGUGCAUUGAAAAUCAUCGGAAAAAAUAACCAUAAUAAUAAAGAAAUUAAAAAUGAGCUAGAGCAUAUGCUUUCUGUAGAAUCUCAUGAGAACAUUAUUAAAUUUUAUGAUGCAACAACUCUACCAUCUAGAAUAAAAGAUGGACUACGAGAGGAACCAAUUGCAAAUACACAUCACAGAUAUGUUGCUAUUUAUCAAAGGUGUUGGCAAGGUAUGCAAGAGAAUCGACCAUCUAUUGGAGAAGUAGCUAGGGUAUUAAAAGACAUUAUCGUUCAAGACAUCACGGCCGAUGAUAAUUUUGAUAUUUUUGAUAUAACAGACUUUAAAGAAUAUAUUAAAACUGCCUUCAAAAGCAUUGCAAUCAAUUUUAAUCCAGAUAUUACAACAGUUGAUCCUCCGGAUGAUAUGACUCACUUUAUAGAUAAUCUAUAUUCGACCUUUAGUAAGUUAUUUAAUGAAGGUAAACCAGUUAGUGAUAUAAUUAUCAAUUUUAUAUCUGAAAAUGAUAAAACAAAAGAAGAAGUUUUUCAAUGGUUGUUGGAAAAUAAUACCAGAAAUCCAAAGUAUAUUUGCUUAUUUGGAUUAUUUUAUCGUUGGAACAUUGGCACAGAACACAACAAAGAUACAUUUAAUUUUUUUAUUGAUGCGGCAGAACAGGGAAAUAAUAUUGCACAAUAUUUUGUUGGCAAGUGUUAUGAAAUAGGUUGGGACAUCAAUAAGAAUACGAAGAAGGCAAUUGGAUGGUAUGCUGAAUCAGCCGAAAACAAUUGUGCAGCAGCGGAAUGUGUGCUUGGAGAGUAUUUUUAUAAAUUUAGAAAAUAUACCAAGGCAUUUUAUUGGCUUAAAAGAGCAGCUGAACAUAAAAAUUAUAAAGCAUUGAAUACCUUAGGAUUAUGUUAUCAAAGAGGUCAAGGAACAGAUACUAAUGAGCAAAUCCUAAUUAUCGAAUUCACCUGA